AUGACUGCCGAGUCCGCGGCACCGGUCGUCUCUGGCCUGCCAACCGAGAAAUCAUCCAAAUCUUACUGGCACAAGGAGCCAUCUGAGAAGCUCCUUGGACACCGCACGACACCGGAAUUGCCAAACAAAGCAGAUGUAGUCAUUGUGGGCAGCGGCAUGACAGGCGCCUGGGCUGCACACUUCUUGAAGCACGGCAAAGCCAAGGACCAAAGUGUUGUGAUGCUUGAGGCAAGGGAAGCUUGCUGGGGAGCCACUGGUCGCAAUGGUGGUCACUGCCAACCGUUUCUCUACGCCGCAACCCCUGAAGUUGCCAACUUUGAACUGGAGACAUACAACUUCCUCCGCAACUUUGUGGAGGAGCACAAUGUGGACUGUUCGUGGAGGACCUUGUCGGGUGUUCAUGUUGCAAUCACCCAGAAUCUAUGGGAGAUCGGCGUCGGAGCGAUCGGCUUCCUCGAGAAGCAUGCGCCGGACCUGGCAUCUAAGCUCACCCUGAUUUUCCCCGAAACAGGCAGUUCCAACAAAGACGACUGGUGCAAGGACUUCACCCUAGAGAAUCUGAGGGUACCAAACGCCAAAGGUGCAAUCGUGCAGCGCUAUGCAGCGUCCAUGUGGCCCUACAAGCUUGUCUUCUGGGUCCUCGAGAACCUGCUCAAGGAGUCCCCUGCCCCGAGCUUCAACAUCCAGACCACCACGCCCGUGACGGCCGUCAGCCGGCAGUCGGGAGACGAAGCGUACCCCUGGACGGUCGAGACGCCCCGUGGCAAGAUCGCGGCGCGUACCGUUCUGCUCGCUACCAACGGCUACACCUCGCACUUGCUCCCUGCCUUCGCAGACCUCAUCGUACCUGUCAGGGCACAGAUCGGUGCGCUCCUGCCGCCAGACCCACCAGUCGGGCUCAGUCACAGCUAUGUGUUCAUGGGUGAGACCCGCGAUCCAGAGACGGGCAAGCCAGACACGCGAGACGAGUACAUGGUGCAGCGGCCGCUGCCGACGGGCGAGCUCAUCUUCGGCGGCGGACGCAACCGCGCCGAGGGCAAGGCCGUCGGGGAGUGGCGGGACGACGUGGUGGAGGAGAAGGUGGCCUCGUUCCUGCGGAGCGAGCUCGAGCCGGUGCUCAACCUGCGGACGGUCGGGGAGGCGCACGACGUUGCAGGACAUGAGCUCAAGGCGUCGUUCGAGUGGACGGGCAUCAUGGGCUACAGCCUCGACCACACGCCGUGGGUAGGGCCUGUGCCCGAGAGUCUUGGAGGAGGCGAUGGCUUGUUUGUGUGCGCUGGAUAUACAGGUCAUGGAAUGCCGCAUGCAGCACUGUGUGGACGAGGAGCGGCUUAUAUGAUUAUGGGCGAGAAGACGGAAGGGAAGGGGAGCAGCGGGUAUGGAAUCCCUGAGACGUUCCUCGUGACGGAGGAGAGAGUAUCCAAAGCCAGGGAGGCCUUCGGUAGCGUCAAGAAGUGCGAUGAUAUGGGACUAGAGGCUUUCUUUGUGGCACUGGAUGUUUUAGGUCAGGGAGGAAUGAACCCUGAGGCAAGUGGAUGA